AUGUCUUGUGAGCAGACCGAAAGCGUCAUUAAGAAAAUAAUUCGCGAAAUCGGACAAGAAUGCGCCGCCCGGGGACACACUGUUUCUGAAACCUUGGUGGCGUUCAUGGUGAAAGCUGCUGUUUUAGAUCCAAGAAAUGACUUUAAUGUGGAUCAACUCACAAAAACAGAUGUGCAAAAUCUUACCCAGCUCUGUGUUACCAGGCUGCUUGACACCACAAACCCAUCCUUGAGCACAAUUAAGAUGCAAGUUUACUUUGAUAUGAACUAUGCAAACCGAGCUGAAUUACUCAGUGAGCAGCACCGUGUUCUGGAGGAAAGGCUGGCUCCUGUGGUCAGAGAUAUCACAGACAGUUGUCCUCGUGUGCAAGAAGAAAUGGAGAAUGUGUAUCGAAAGAUCAUUAGCUACGUGCUCCUGAGCUCUGGCCUGGGAUCCCCAACAGAUAUUGAGGUUGUCAGGGAGGUAACAGCUGCCCUGCAGAGUGUAUUCCCCCAGACAGAGAUGAUUGCUUUCACCUCACUCAGUAAGAAGAACAAAGAGGAACAGCUGAAAAAUCUUGCCAUGCUAGUCACAGGAAUUCGGUUGUACAACAAGGAAUGCAGGAAAGGAGGAAGCAGCAUUGAUGACUUGCCAGCCAUUCUGAAUGAAGCCAUUCCAUCAGCUACACGGACUGUCGAUGAAGGUCUUAAUACUUGCCAUACGCUAGCCCACCAAUACGCAGCUCUCUUGGAAUCCAUGCAGGAAGACCAACACAGAUACACACAGCUUAGUUCUUUUAAAUUAAAAGAAGCACUGUUCAAUGUGAGACAAUAUGAGGCCUUCCUUUGCAUCCUUCUGUCUGAUGCAAUUACAAGUGCUCAAGAAGUUGAAAAGAUGAAUGUGCAGUUUGCAGCAACAAUGGAGCAGUUGAAAAACACAGUGCAGAAUAGGGUUUCCAUAGAUACCAAAGAAGUUUUUCCUCUCUUUGUUGCACUUUCUAACCUCUGGACCGGCUUUCAGGAUGAGAGACUACUGCUAAGCUUCCUCACAAAUAUGACUAACAGUCUCCAACAGUUCUCGGAAAUCCAAUCACAGCUUUUUCCUGAGGAAGUGCUAACGUCUCUUCUGGAAGGAGUGACUGUGAAAAGUGAUGAGGAAAGGAUAAGAGAAACCAUGGGAACCAGAGUGGAUGUUUCUGAUUUCAAGAACCAAGAAUGGCUUUUUCCAGAGACUACUGAUAAUUUUGACCAGUUGCUAAUCCAGUACCAUGGUUUCUGUGCACAUGCAAUUGGUGUGAAAGGCCUCACCCUCCCAGGAAAUCCUGCUAUUGGAAUUUUGAAGCACAGGGAGAGAUGUUAUGUUUUCAGUUCCAAAGAAGCUGCAUACAUCUUUGCUCAAGAUCCAGAUAAGUUCAUUCAACUGAAUGUAGAAAAAGCAAAAGAACAUGCAGAGCUAAUUCAACUGCUCGAGCUUUGUCAUCAGUUUGAGUACCUUGCUCCGUAUGCACAGGUCAGAAAUGCAGACAAAUGUUUGAUGAAACCAACCACAAAAUGUGACAGUAGUACUCAAACUGAUACUCAUAUUUUGCCUCCAACUAUUGUGACGUCCUAUGAAUGGAAUGAAUGGGAACUGAGAAGAAAAGCUAUAAAAUUGGCUAAUUUGCGCCGCAAAUUAACUCAUGCCAUGCAGACUGAUCUCAGUCAUAUGAGAAGAGAGAACUCCACCCAAGUGUACUUGCCGAAAGAUGUUAGCACCCAGACUAAGCGUGACAACUCAAGCAAUGUACCCAGGCCACAGAUUUUCUUGGAAGGUCUCCGAGGAGGAUCAUCUCAUACUACUCGUAUGGUCAAAGUAGACUUAACAAGAGCAGUAGAUGAAACCUAA